AUGGUGAAAGGAAUGGGUGGUGCUAUGGACUUGGUGUCUAGUGCACAAACCAAAGUGGUCGUCACCAUGGAGCACUCAGCCAAGGGCAACGUCCACAAAAUUAUGGAAAAAUGUAAUUUGCCACUUACUGGGAAACAAUGUGUAAAUCGUAUCAUUACGGAGAAGGCUGUGUUUGAUGUGGAUAAAGAAAAGGGACUGACCCUGAUUGAAAUCUGGGAAGGACUGUCAGUGGAUGAAAUCAAGAAAAGCACUGGCUGUGACUUUACGGUUUCACCAAAUCUCAUCCCGAUGAGGCAGAUUUCAACCUGAAAAGCAAGCUGAUCUGGACUUGCCAGAGUUCGUGUUUCCAAACAGGAGCUCAGUGAAGGGAAAUCAGUGUCUGUUUUGCAAUUAUACUAUUUUUAAAGGGCUUUUAAAGUAGUUCCCUAGUAGUUAGACUCCAGUUGUGAUAGCUGGGUAUAGCUGUUUCUCACAUGACAUUACAGUCCAGUUUUAAUAACAAGGUGAAUUUAAUACCUAAUUUUUUGAUAACCUCAUACUACAGCCAUGAUUGUUAAUAAGCGUUGGCUCAAGGAAAUGCCUUGUAGAAGUAGUUUUAUUGCUGAGGACUACAUUUUUUUAAAAGUACAGACCUAUUGUGCGAACAGACAAUGUGCAUGCCAACUUCCAACUGCCUGUGCAUUUGCUAAAUUUUUAUCAACAAAUUAACCACUGGAAGUGGAAAUACUGCAAAUGUCAUGGUAAUUCUAAUGCAUGGUGAGGCAUUCGUUGAUUUUCUUCUGGGGGAUGAUUGCUGAGGUUGUAGCAAACAUGUAGACCCACAGAUAUACAUCUGACACAUUGGCUGCCACUUCUCUUUUGUGAAAACUUGGGUCCUCAACCUGUUACCAAUAAGUCAAUGGCAAAACUCCCAUUGAAAUCAGUGGAAGCAAUUGGGCCCUUAACCUUGAAUGUGUGAUCAUUCCCCAUGGUGCUAUGUACUGGUGUUAAUAAGGAGAGGACACACGUUCUAGAGUAUGACUCUGGUCCCUUCGAUUUGAAUGAUGAAACCCAUAAAUGUGUAACCCAGAAAGGGGCUACUUUGGGAGGGAAACACAAAGGGUCUCUUCCCUCAAACAGGCAAGUUGAUGGCCUUGCAAAGGGAUAUGGGCCUGGGUCACAGAGAGGAAAGAUGUGUGGACAGAUAUAAUGCUGGGUUGUGGGGAGAAGGGUUUAGUGACCAUGGAAGAGUCAGGGAAAGGAGCUCCUUUUCUGAACUGACAUUUUAUCAACUGUUCAAAUUCGGAUUGAGGAAAGUUUUAAAGUGAUAAGCUUCCUCUUUAUCAGCUCUUUCCCCAGGUCUUGCUGAUCCAGAGAGCAAGUAGUGUUUCAGGACCUGCAUACGUAGAAGCCACAGUCAAGAUGAAAUGCAGUUUCCUUUCCCUGGGUUUCCUACCCUCCCCACUUGAUAAGGCUUUUCCCUUUCCCACUCAGUUACAAAGAGAACUAUUGUUUUUCUCUAUAGUAUAACUCUGACAACACAGGUCCUUCCUUCACAGGCCAGUACAGUGUAACUCCAUUACAUGGGACCCCAAUGCACAAAAGUCCAUGUUAAACAAAGUCUAGUACUAGCGCCAGAUGCAGUGGCUUCCUUCCCCAUUUUUCUAAAUAUUUUGGAAGUUCCCAAAAUGCUUUGGUUAAAUAAGGUACUGUCAUACAUGUGACAUCAGCGGUAAGAGUCAGCUGUAUGCCAGGAAGCCAGGCAAAAGACAAUGAUACAUAAUAUAAGCAACCCAGGCAGAGGGAGAAAGGAAAAACCGAACUUGAGACAGAUGAGGGAGCUCCCACUUCACAAAGUGCUAUUUGCUUCAUGUUUUGAGAAGAGCAGGGGGAUGUUCUGAACACAGCAGUGGGGGCCAGAAAUAGUCCUCCCAUGUCCUAGCUCCUCAGUAUCCUGGGGCUUCUGUCCUUCAUCUCCCUCACCUUAAUGGGGAAUAAUACUCCUUCACAGGGUUCUUGUAAAAGUAGGCCUGAUCUACACACACAUUUGUACUGGUAUAACUAAUUUGAUUAGGGGUGUGAAUGUGUAUUGCUAUACUGAUACAGCCCCUACUGUGGGUGCAGUGAUACCUGUAUAAAUGUGCAUUAGACCAAAAUAGCAUCUCCUCCUUUCCCUAAAGGAAUAAGCUAUACUAGCAUAAGCACCAGUAUAACUGUGUGCACACUAGGGGGUUGUACUCCUUUAACUAUACCAGUAUAUAACUUGGGGGUGUAGCCAAGGCCUACAAGUGAAUAUCAGAAGGAGAAAGCUGUUGCAUAAGUGGCAGUGUUAAGGUCGGGUUUAAUACAAAGGAAGUUCUGUCUGAUAUUUAAUUUAUUUGAAAUGACACUGGCAAAAGCACUCCAGAAUAGCUGCAAGCACCAAUCCUGCACUGGCCCUAGUUUCCAGCCAGUUCUAAGAUCAGGAGGUUUCCUAAAUUAUAAGCUUUGGGAAAAGAUGUCAAUUAAUGGUUUGACCAUUUCCACCCAUUUGGAGUAAAACCAAAAAAAUCAGAUGUAAGAAGUUAUUCCCAGGUGUUUUGUAUAGUUAGAUUUCUAUGAGGUUGCUCAGUAAUGGCUCUGCUAUAAUGGAAACUAAUGCACUGUGGUUUUGCAUAAAACAAUUCUGCGUUGAUGAUCGAGCAGCUAAGUAACCUGAGCUAAUCCACAAAGACCCUUCAUGGAUAGUGUUUGCUGUUGAGAGAGUAUAGAGUCCUGGGGAUGUAGAAAGUAAAAAGUGCAUAUCAUUAUCUCUUUUACCGAGGAUCAGUUAAGAGCCACAUUUGAUGGAAUGGAUGGGAUCAUAAAUGAGUUCCUGCUAGCAAUUACUCUUGGAUUUACUAAAGAUCACUCAGUGUGUAUAUUGUUUUUCAAAGGCAAUAUUAUGUAAGGAAGGGAUUUACCACUCCUUUAAUAUUUUUAAUUUGUCUAUAAAGAAAACUAUAUGUUUAAAUAAAGGAGAAGAAAUCUUUAAGAAAAUCUAGAGAACUGAAUGUUAUCUAAUGGGAUUAACCAUAUUAAAUUAAGCUCAAUAAAAAUUGAUUUGGUGGAGAGUGUCUAAAGUUUUCCUCAGAGCAUAUUUACCACAACUGUGGUAUCUGAUAGGUGUGAGAGAGCACAGCAAAUAUAUAUUACUUCCCCCCCUAAGAUCCUUCAUUCAGAUGCGCUUAUAGUCUCUGAUUAUCAUUAGACUUGAUGCUCGAAAGAGAGGAAGGGUGUAAUAGUAACUAGAAGUUCAAUAUCUCAGAACCCUAAGCAAAGGACUGGGAGCCAAGAACUCAAGUUCUAAUCUUGGCUUUUCUGAUUGUUCACUUGUAGCCUUGGAAAAGUCACACACAUGCUCUGCUUCAGUUUGCCUAACUGAAAAGAGAGAUUUACCUUGUGAGGAUUAAUUAGCUAAAGUCUGUACAGCAAGUAAUAUUUUUCCUUGAGGGAAAAUUCAACACUUGAUCAACAGUAUAAAAGAGCAGUUGGGGACUGCUACAUGUGAAGAAUGUUUUGGACCUGAUUCUCCUCACGCUUAUAUGAGUGUCACUCAGGAGAAUUUGAGUGAAUUGAGUUACACUAGCAAGCGGAGAUAAGAGCUGAAUCAGGACUUAUCAACAUACAACUAUAGUGUAAAUGUCUGUCUGCCAUGCUAUCUGUAUUUGCUUCAGUAACUUGAUACUAUGGGAGGGUAUUUAUAUUCUUAGACAAAUGUCAAGUGACCCCCAUAAGCCAACUGUAUUAAUUCCAUGGUCAUGUUUUGGAAAGACUUGUAUUAUGAUGAGUGCAAAUGUAUAAACUUGAUUUUCAUAGCAGCCAAAGCCAUUCUUGUUACUCAGCCGACAGCUUUCCUGUUAAAGAGCAGAAGCAAGUCUGGUUCAUAGCUGAAAUGUACAAACUAGGUAGUAGUUGUGAUGAUAGGUUCUCCUUUCUCUCCUCCAUGGCAACAUGAGGCCAGGAAGCAUGAGGAAAGUCCAAUGGGACAUCAAUGAGAUCAUUACCUGGACGGCAGCAUUUUAUAAGGCAGAGAUAACAUAAUGCCCUUGAGUUGAAGAAGGUGGUGAUUCUGUCAUAUCACUAUGACUUAUUUCUCUAAUUGUUUAAACCAAUACAUGAUUUUGUCCCUUGAAGAAGAAAAAUGUGAAAAGGUGAUAUAAAUGGCUAUUGUACUGUAAACUAUAUGUCAAAGUCCUUUACGUGUACUUGCAAAACAAUCAAUACAAAUUAAAAGAUUUUAAAAGGGCUGAUCAUGUA